UUUAAUUUGUUAGUGAAGAAUGUUUCUCUCUAAUGAAUAAAAUUUUUUUCUUAAAUUUUUAAUGAUUGUCGUUUGGUGUCCGUAUUCAAUAUCCGAAAUUUUUUAGGAAUUUUUUAUCCGUAAUUCAAAUACUAUCUAAAUGUAACCCUGACGCCUAUGCUAUUUUACUAUUAUCAAUUUCAAGUAUGUUGUAUAACCUAUAAAAUUAUUAACAUUUAUAUUUAUUGUAAAUAAUAUUGAUAAUUCUAUAUUGUAUUGAUAUAUAUAUAUUUUUCUUGGAAAUGGAAUUUAUUAACAAACAAAUUAGAUUUCUCUUCAGUCGAAGAAAUUUACUGAACAAGCAAAUAAUAAAUAAAAUACAGAGGAUAAGUACACAAUUAAAAUCAAAUGAAAUAAAAGAAACUUUAUUUCCAUUGUUGGAUGCAAACUAUCCAUCACAGGAUUUAUGUUUUAAUAUACGUAAUGAUAUAAUUAAUAAACAUUCUGUGCCUGAACAUACUGUAGAUAUACAAAUCUUUGAAAUAUUUAUGAUAGAGAAAAAAUUUGAAACUGCUAAAGUUUACUUCAAAUAUUUAAAAAGCAAAAAUUAUCCUCUUAGUAAUUUUGUUCUGAUAAAAUAUCUGCAACUACUCAGUGCAGACCAAAAGCCGCUAUCGAAUUUUGAAGAGGAAGAAGUUUUACAUAUAUGUGAUGUAAUAAAAAAGAAAUAUGAAUGUAUACCUUCCUCGAUUUUAUUCAUUUGUGUUCAUGUUUUAUGUUUGACUAGUAAAUGGGAAACAGUAUUUGAUUUAAUUAAAUUUAGUAGCGAAAAUAUAAAUUCCAAAACAAUGUCAUACAUAGCAGUAGCAGCAUUUCGAAAUGGAAAACCAAACAUUGGAUUUGAAUUUAUAAGUGAAAUAGAGUCUAAUACGCAAGAUAUGUUUGGACGUCAAUAUAUAUAUGAUCAAUAUUUGAAUCAUUAUAUAGAACAUAAAGAUAAAUUGAAUAAUGCAAUUGAAAAAAUGUUUCAUUUUUGGAGAAAACAUGAUAUAAUACCAAAACAGUCUAUUGUUAAUAAUUUUGUAGAUACUUGUCAAAAGUCAGGAUGGGAGGCACAUUAUACUAAAAUUAUAUUAGAUGGGAAAUGCAGUCAUUGUAAUAAUCAUUUAGCACCAAUGGUUUUAGGGGAUAGUUUUCACAAACUAUUUAAGUCUGUGUUAUCUGAAAUAGUAAUAGGUCAUGAUAUUUUUCAAAAGACCACUCCAAGUGAAUUUAAUAAAUUUAAACAAUUUAUUGAUAAAACGAAGCCAUUUGACAUUGUGGUAGAUAGUCUUAAUAUGACAUAUGGAAUAUACAGAAAUUCAUCGUUGCAAUACAUGAUGUCAAAAUUUAUUAAAGAAAAUAAAAAAAUUCUGGUCAUUGCACGGAAACACCAAUAUAAUUCAAUUAAAUGGAUGUUUAACCUAGAUAAUGUAUUAGUUUAUUUCUUUCAAAAUAUAACAGAUGAUGAUUCCUAUAUCUUAUAUGCAACUUUAGUAAGUGGAAAUAAAGCGAAAUUUAUAUCUUUAGAUCUGCAGCGACAACAUUAUCAUAAACUCAAAGAUGUGGAUAUACAGAAAAUAUUUAUACGGUGGCAAUUUACACAUCAAUAUACUUGGAGUCGAGUGAAUUCAAAGAAACAUAUUUUGAUCGACCCUAUAUCAUAUAAUCCUUUUGCACAAGUUAUAAACGGACAUUGGCAUAUUCCUUAUAAGGAGACAAAUAAAUUAUUGCAUAAGCCUGUUGAUACAUGGGUUUGCUUACAUCGUUCAAAAAAAUGAUUUAAUAAUAAGUAUAUUCGUAUCAUUAAAUUUAUCAAUCUUUUUUUAUAUGGAAUUCAGAUUUAGUAAUAUUUCAUUACUAAUGUGAAUUAGCAAUAUUAGCAUAAUAAUUUAAAUGUAUUUUCAAGUAUCAGUGCAUUAAAAUAUUCUAUUAAAAAGUACAAGAUUUGAUGGUUAAAUAUAAAGUAAAGACUUUCUAAAAAUCUUUUACAUUUUAAUUUAACAAUUAACAGUGUUUUAUUUUGAUUUUUAGAAACAAAGGUUAGAAUAUUGUCAAAUUAACUAAUAAUUAAAAGAAUGCAAAUUAAUAGUUUUGUGAUUGGAGAAUACAUUUUUACUCAAAUAAAUGACUUCUUCAAUGAAAUAA